AUGGACGAGAGCAAACCCCUGAAGGUGCGGCUGACGUUCUCGGUCAUCCUGGUGGGCAUCUCGCUGCUCUUCGCCGCCGUGGUCACCGACCACUGGGCCGUGCUCAGCCCCAGCCUGGAGGAAAACACCACCAGCUGCGAGGCGGCGCAUUUCGGGCUCUGGAGACUCUGCACCAAGCGGAUUUUCAUGCAGGAGCCGAGUCCCAAAGAGAAGAGCUGUGGGCCCAUCAGCCUGCCAGGAGACCACAACUGCUCCUACUUCAAGCACUUCACUCCAGGAGAGACCUCGGAGAUAUUUGAAGUAACCACCCAGAAAGAAUACAGCAUCUCAGCUGCAGCCAUUGCCAUCUUCAGUGUUGGCUUUGCCAUCAUGGGGACGAUCUGUGUGCUCCUGUCCUUCAGGAAGAAGAGGGAUUAUCUGCUGAAGCCAGCAUCCAUGUUCUACACCUUUGCAGGUCUCUGCAUCAUCAUCUCUGUAGAAGUCAUGAGACAAUCCGUGAAGAGGAUGAUUGACAGCAAGGAGACAGCCUGGAUCAAGUACAGCUACUCCUGGUCCUUCGCCUGUGCCUGCUCCGCCUUCGUGCUGCUCUUCGUCUGCGGCAUCGCGCUCCUCCUCAUCGCGCUGCCCCGCUUCCCCCAGAACCCCUGGGAGACCUGCAUGGAUGCAGAACCCGAGCACUGAUGGUCCCUGCACCCAUGAAAAAAUAGCCAGAAAGUGUUCUGAAAAUGUUUGUAUUUUUUAAAAUGCCUGGGUCUCACUAUACAA